AACCGGGAACGACCCUGAGGAACCGGGAGCGUUCCCGUGGCCUGGGAGAGCCCGUGAGGGACCGGGAGCGUCCCCGUGGGCCCUGGAUGGGGAAAUCCCCGCCCUGCACCGGGAGCUUUCAGUGGGGAUAAGGGCGCUCUGUGCCCGGUGUUGGGCCGGGGCUUGGCUGAGGGAGUGACUCCUGAGGAGCUUCAAUGUGCCCUUGGAAGGGAGAACUGGAGGAUGGGAGUAAAAGGAAAAGACCGAAAAAAUAAAGCUCGACGUGAAGUUGGUUUAGCCUCAGGUUUUGAUUUUAUUGAGUUAGAAGCGUCAGUCAAGUGUGAUCUCACUUAAAUCGGAGAGUGCUGAUGGGAAAAGGUGUAUUUUCCCUCAGGACUGACGCCCAUACCGUGUUCAGUGUGCUCAGAGAGGCUCCCCUGGUGCCUGAGGUCAGACUGACUCUGAUAACUCACACUUGGUGUUGGAUUUCUACCUCUGAUCCCUUCUCCUUCAGAGCAGGGUCCAGGCCAAAUCCAGAAGGCAGUGAAUGAUAACAACCUGUGCACCAGCUAAACCUGGUUAUCCAGCCCCUCUCUCUUCUCAGCCUCUCCUCACUUCAUUAAAUGCCUCUGGCCUCUUAAAAUCAAUUAGUUUGGGCUUCUUUUAAAUCUGAUGUCCAUCCAGUUGUAGCCUAGUAAUCCCCCAUGAUAAAAGAACUUUCUCUACAACCUGUGGGGAGUUUGCCUUGACACAAUUCUUUGACUUGUGAUUUUUAUCCUUUGACACAUUUCUUUGGCUUGAUGUUUUUAUUCUUUGUCCUUUUCAGAAACACUUGCGUGGUGUUCUCUGUGUGUAACUGGAAGCAAAGGUUUAAGGAGACAUUUCAGCUUUCUUUUUAUGGAGUAGGUGACUGAGUCACAGGCGGUGGAACAUGGCUGGACAAUUAUCAGAGUCUGAUCAGAUCAAGCAGUUCAAGGAGUUUCUUGGCACAUACAAUAAACUUACAGAAAAUUGCUUCGUGGAUUGCAUAAAGGAUUUCACUAGCAGAGAUGUGAAACCAGAAGAGAUAACUUGCUCAGACAACUGCCUGCAGAAGUAUCUAAAGAUGACACAGAGGAUCUCCAUGAGAUUCCAGGAGUACCACAUCCAGCAGAACGAGGCUCUGGCAGCCAAGGCAGGACUGCUCAGCCAACCUCGUUAGACCAGAGCACUGUGCUCAGACUCAAGCUGUGCCAGUGUCCCCUGGGCAAGAACACAUUUGGGGAUUCCUACUGUCAGGACGUGUGUCCAGCAGCUCAGAGCAGAGCUGUGGGUGCUGCUCAGGCAGUGGGAGCCAUGAAGGGUUAAACAGGAGCUCAGUCGUGGUGGCCUGGCAGUGGAGUUUGUUUCCACAAGGGAAUGAUGCAGAUACAACUUUUCCCAGGGCCCACAGACUGGUGUCUGAAUUUCAGGGGUGUGGGAGGGCUCACCUGCCUUUUGCUGAGACUGGUUGAGAUGAAUCAAUGUAACAUGGGGAAUACACUUUUUUAUUUAAUUCAAAUAAAAUCAACAGGAGCCAUA